UCAACACGCUUCUUCCAUUCCCAUUCUUUCUUAUACACCAAAACAAUACGAUCCUCAUUUUUUUGUACAUUAUUAUUUCAUAACAAACCACCAUCCAUUUCCUCUGUCACUUGAAGCCUUAAUCCAUUGCUAUCAGCAACUACAGCUCUAAACUUAGAAAGUUGGUUAAUUAGUUAGUUAGUUUGUUAAGAAUUCUGACACAUGAUUAUUCUCUGAAUAAUAUUUUUGUUAUUAUUAAUUUAUUACAAUGGGUUCUAGGCCACUGUUGUUACCAUCUCCAAGAACUCCAAAUAGUAUUCAAGAGCUUCCAACCAUUCCAGUUUUCUCUGAACAACAAAAGUCAAAGUCAACUUCCUCUGAACAAGCAAGCAAUGCUGUUAUAAACAAAAGCAACUCAUCGUCGAUCCGCUCCGGCAGCUCCGGAAGGAGCGGCGGCGGUGGCUCCGUCAAGGAAGUGAGCUUCAGCAAUUCUUCAUCGAAGCCGGUUCGAUACGGCUCGUCAAAACGCGGCGGUGGUGGCGAGUCGGAAGGAUUCAGCAUGUCGCAGAAAGAAUUGAGAGACGAAGAUGCAAGAAUUGUUUACAUAAACAACCCGGAGAAGACGAACGAGACUCUUCAGUUCGCAGGGAAUUCAAUCCGAACCGCGAAAUAUUCAGUCCUCACAUUCAUCCCUAGAAACCUCUUCGAACAGUUUCACAGAGUUGCGUAUAUUUAUUUUCUCAUAAUCGCCAUUCUCAAUCAGCUUCCUCAGCUUGCAGUCUUCGGUAGAGGUGUUUCGAUUCUCCCUCUGGCUUUUGUCCUGCUCGUUACCGCCGUCAAAGACGCCUUCGAGGAUUGGCGGCGCCACCGCUCCGAUAAAGUCGAGAACAACCGGCUAGCGUCGGUUUUGAUUAACGGAAGCUUCGUGGAGAAGCCAUGGAAGGACAUAACCGUCGGUGAAAUCGUUAAGAUCGCCGCCAACGAAACGAUCCCCUGCGAUAUUGUCCUUCUCUCCACCGCCGAUCCUACCGGAGUUGCAUAUGUUCAGACUAUAAAUCUUGACGGAGAGUCAAAUCUGAAAACUCGCUACGCCAAGCAAGAGACUCAAUCGAAACAGAGGUUCGAUUUCGGUGGAAUAAUCAAGUGCGAGAAACCGAAUCGGAACAUUUAUGGAUUCCAAGCUAACAUGGAAGUUGAUGGAAAGAAACUGUCUCUUGCAUCAUCGAACAUUGUGCUUAGAGGAUGCGAGCUUAAGAACACAAGCUGGGCUUUGGGAGUUGCUGUUUACUGUGGCAGUGAGACUAAAGCUAUGCUCAACAGCUCCGGUGCGCCGUCGAAGAGAAGCCGGCUCGAGACUCGAAUGAAUUCGGAGAUCAUCAUGCUCUCUUGCUUCCUUGUUGCUUUGUGUACGGUCACGUCCGUUUGUGCUGCGGUUUGGUUGAAGCGCCACAAAGACGAGCUUGAUUUGAUGCCGUAUUACCGAAAGCUGAGCUUCUCCAGUGGGAAACCGAAGAAGUAUAAGUAUUAUGGUUGGUUUUGGGAGAUAAUUUUCACAUUCCUCAUGUCAGUUAUAGUUUUCCAGGUUAUGAUUCCAAUUUCGUUGUACAUUUCGAUGGAGCUUGUUCGUGUUGGCCAGGCCUAUUUCAUGAUCAGAGAUGAUAGAAUGUAUGAUAGGGCUACCAAGUCAAGGUUUCAGUGUAGGGCUUUGAAUAUCAAUGAAGAUUUGGGGCAGAUUAAGUAUGUCUUUUCGGAUAAAACUGGUACUCUUACUGAGAACAAGAUGGAAUUCCAGUGCGCCAGCAUCUGGGGGGUUGAUUACAGUUCGACGAAAUCUGGCCUCGAGAUUCAACCUGGUGAAUACUUCACGCAAGUAGAUGGAAAGGUGUUGAGGCCAAAGAUGAAUGUGAAAGUAAAUCCAGAGCUUUUGGCAUUAUCAAGAAGUGGAAUUGAGCAUAAGGAGGGAAAACGGAUCUAUGAUUUCUUUCUAGCACUGGCAAGCUGCAAUACCAUUGUUCCUAUUAUUGUUGAUACCCCUGAUCAUGAUGUCAAGCUGAUAGAUUACCAAGGGGAAUCACCAGAUGAACAAGCAUUGGCAUACGCAGCCGCCGCCUAUGGUUUUAUGCUUAUAGAACGAACCUCGGGCCAUAUAGUCAUUGAUAUUCAAGGAGAAAGACACAGGUUCAGUGUCUUGGGUAUGCAUGAAUUCGACAGCGAUCGGAAGAGGAUGUCAGUUAUAUUGGGCAGCCCUGACAAUUCAGCGAAAAUUUUCGUGAAAGGAGCGGAUACAUCUAUGCUAAAUGUGAUAGAUAAAUCAUCUAACAUGGACAUUAUAAGAGCAACUGAAGCUCAUCUUCACUCUUAUUCCUCAAUGGGUUUAAGAACCCUUGUGAUUGGAAUGAGGGAUUUAAAUGCUUCAGAGUUUGAGCAAUGGCACACUGCCUUUGAGGCAGCGAGCACCUCUUUGUUCGGCAGGGCCGCCAUGCUUCGCAAGGUUGCUGUCAAUGUAGAGAGAAACCUCUGCAUCUUAGGCGCAUCGGCUAUCGAAGACAAGCUUCAGCAGGGUGUGCCGGAAUCCAUUGAGUCUCUAAGGACAGCUGGAAUAAAAGUAUGGGUGCUAACCGGAGACAAACAAGAAACUGCUAUAUCAAUUGGAUACUCAUCAAAGCUUCUAACAAACAGAAUGACUCAAAUCAUAAUCAAUAGCAAAAAUAGAGAGUCGUGUAGAAAGAGUUUGCAAGAUGCCAUUGUUUCAAACAAGAUUGAAGGAGGUUUUGAUGCAAUGACAAGUCAGAUAGCAUUGAUCAUUGAUGGUACUAGCCUUGUAUAUGUUCUUGAUAGUGAACUAGAGGAGCAGUUAUUUAAACUUGCAAGUAGAUGUUCUGUUGUUCUCUGUUGUCGAGUGGCGCCGCUGCAAAAGGCCGGCAUAGUUGCCCUUGUUAAGAAGAGGACAGCCGAAAUGACGCUUGCCAUUGGAGACGGUGCUAAUGAUGUCUCCAUGAUUCAAAUGGCUGAUGUUGGAGUUGGCAUCAGCGGACAAGAGGGCCGGCAAGCCGUAAUGGCGUCCGAUUUCGCCAUGGGCCAGUUUAGGUUUAUAGUUCCUCUCUUGUUGAUUCAUGGACACUGGAAUUACCAGCGGCUUGGCUACAUGAUACUCUACAACUUUUAUAGAAAUGCUGUCCUUGUUCUUGUCCUAUUUUGGUAUGUGCUCUACACUGCCUUCACUUUAACAACUGCCAUAAAUGAAUGGAGCACCACGUUAUAUUCAAUAAUAUACAGCUCAUUGCCAACAAUCAUAGUUGGUAUUCUUGACAAGGAUCUUGGAAAAAGGACUCUCCUCAAGUAUCCUCAGCUCUAUGGGGCUGGGCAGAGAGACGAGGCAUACAACAAGAAGCUAUUUAUUUUGACAAUGCUCGACACUUUAUGGCAAAGCAUGGUAAUCUUUUGGGCACCCCUCUUUGCAUAUUGGAGCACUGAUGUUGAUGUUGGAAGCAUUGGGGAUCUCUGGACACUAGCUGUGGUUAUUUUGGUAAAUUUACACUUGGCCAUGGAUGUCUUCAGGUGGAAUUGGUUGACUCAUUUUUCCAUAUGGGGGUCAAUUGUUGCCACUUUCAUUAGUGUUAUGGUCAUUGAUGCUAUACCCACGUUUCCUGGCUACUGGGACUUCUUUAAUGUUGCAAGCACAGGAUUGUUCUGGUUAUUGUUGCUUGGAAUCAUCAUAACAGCAUUGCUUCCUCGUUUCCUUGUAAAAUUCAUUUGUCAAUAUUACUUUCCCAGUGACAUUCAGAUUUCAAAAGAAGCUGAGAAGAUUAAUGGGAAUCAAAUUCAAAGAGAAAAUUUUGAAAGAGGACAAAUAGAAAUGCUUCCUAUCUCAGAUGUCCCACCAAGAUGAUGAGAAGUCAUCUUUUGUACAAUUUUCCAUUUAUUUUUGUAAAUCUUGCAUAUUCUUUAGGCUACCUCAGGUUAUUUAAUUUGUUGGUUCAUAGAUUUCAUCCAUUACUAUCCGAAGGAUAGAGUUUUGUUAUCUCUUCAUAGGGUUGUACCGUGUUGAUAUUGAAAUGUACCAUAAUUGAGUAUAGGGAGAAAGUUUUUUAUUUUUUAAUAAAAGAUAAAUUUGUUAUUUUUGCAAAAGAG